CAAUCGUAUUUUAAAAUAUUACCAAAUUACCCCUCUUGGUUUGUCAAUAAAUAUCAGCCUCCAACAAUGCAAUUCUUCCCUUUUCCCCUCCUAAUUUCUCUCAUCUCUCUAUUAGAAAAAAUAAGCAAUCAUGUUGUCCACUGUACCGGCCUUUUCAUUCUCUGAACCGGGUUUGGUUCAUCAAUUUUCGGGUUUCCAAACCGGGUUCACUCCUUGGGAAUGGGACUGCUCUGAUCUCUUUUCCGUGGACCAAAUGUCUCUUGAACCGGCCGUACCAAGCCCUUGUUAUGGUGAAUCAGACACCGGUUCCGUCAGAAUUAAUUUCGGUUCUCAUGACUUGAAAACUGGUUCUGACGAAUCUUGUCUUGGUUUCGUCAAAACUAGUCCCGGUUUUGACGACACCAACCAAUCAGUCGGUCUACCGUGCUCUCAAGGACACGAACCAGACUCGGACGACCCAAAACAAUUGACAGCCAUCACGUAUUCCGGUUCGGGAGAGCAGAACCAUAACGGGAAAAUAUUAACCCAACCGGAGAUGACCGAGGAGCGGAAGAGGAAGAGGAUGGAAUCAAACCGGGAAUCAGCGAAACGGUCGAGAAUGCGUAAACAGAGCCACAUCGAUAAUUUAAGGAACCAAGUAAACCGUCUUGAUUUAGAAAACCGUGAGCUCGGGAACCGGCUCCGGUUAGUAUUACACCAGCUUCAACGAGUGAACACGGACAAUAACCGGCUCGUAACGGAACAAGAGAUUCUCCGGUUGAGAUUGUCGAAGAUGCGACGGGUUUUGAUCAUUAGACAACUUCAACAACAGCAACAAUGGGAACUUCAUAACCGGAGAAUGAUCAUGACUGAACAUCAUAACCGGAACUUCCUCUUACAAAGAUACAACAGAACAUAUAAAGAAAGAGAAAAUAAAAAACAGAGCUUUUUUUUUGUUUGUUGCCGCAUCAAGACUAGUUUUGAGUUAUCAGUUUGUUGUGUAAUGAAAGUAGUCACCAUUGUUUCUGUUGUUGUUCUCAGCGAUGGGGCUGCUCAUGGAGCUGUUGUUAGAAAGUGAACAAAACGUGGACUUUUGCAAAACCCCGGUAGGAGAAGAUC